UACGGGGAAAUUUUUAAAGACGGACCUGCUUCCUGUAGCAAAAUAUUAGCGCUAGCCGGAGAUAAAUUAUGCACGUUUGUGUUUCACCCGAUCAGUGGACUAGAAAAUAGGAGGGAAAUUUUUAAUUAGUUGAUUUUAGCUCAGGUUUUGCGUUAGCUCACCUUCGUUUUAUGUUUUAAACCCUACACAGUGUCUAAAUGGGUACAUUUUACUGCGCCAUAUGUAGACAAACAACAUUCACCGGGAAGCGACACAUCUUCGGAAAAAAUCACCAAAGCAGACUCAGAGUGGUUCUUCUUAAAUUUGUAGAAAAGGUAAAGGAAGCUCGCCGAACACUAAAGAAACCACAAGUAGAAAAGUUUGAUUGCACCCAGCACAAGCAGACAUUCUGGUGUUACUGCUGUGGGCUUAACAUUGAGAGUAAUGUUACAGACGGCAACAUGGCCGUGCUGCAUGGAGGUUUAUUAGAACACAUGGCCACCCCAGAGCACAAGAAGAAUACACACAAGUUCUGGUGGGAAAAUAAGGCAGACCCAAAGUUAAGAGACAAGGUCAUCAUAGCAGAGGAGGAAACUGAAAGGUUCAAAGUUGAAGUUGCAAAAGCGUUGGAAUCAUAUGUGGAGAAAGAAGAUGAAUACAUUAAACAGCAAGCUGAUUUACUCCGGGCUCAGGAAAAGCAUCGUCAAGAGGUCCUUCAGUCUCUUUUAGAGCGUGAUGCAGAGCCGGAGUCGUUUAACGGACCCAACAGCACCGACGUGUCUGCGGAGGAUCCUGUCAGCUCUCAGUUUUUGUCUCAAGGAUCAGUCCAGCAGGUGGGGAGCAGCUUCGUGGACUCCAUGGUUGAAGUGCCGCGGGCUGCAGCAGGACAAGGCCUGACUUUUAUAGGUUAUCAGGAUUCAUCAAACAGUGGAAAUGUUCAUACAGGUGCUGUCCCUCCUUGGCUCCAGGACGAUCCUCUGGAGGGAACCUCUGGAGGUGCCGCACAUUCAGAAAUUGGCCCGUCACUCCAGGAGUUCCUCAAACAAAAGGAGCAAGAGAAGCUGAAGAAACUUCCUCCGAACCGAGUGGGAGCCAACUUUGAUCACAGCUCACAUACAGACGCCAACUGGCUUCCCUCCUUUGGCCGAGUGUGGAACAGCGGCCGACGCUGGCAGUCCAGGCACCAGUUCAGACAAGAGGAGGGGCAGAAGAAGAGACAGAAGAGGAAGAGGGAUCACGGCACAGAGGGCUCAAAGAAAGCAAAGACGACUGAACAGCUGACAAAUUCUGACAACACUUAAAAACUUUGACUGUAAAUAGUUGGCGAGUUGUAAAUGAGUUUUUGUAAAUGUUUGUGAGGAAACUGCAUAAAGCCAUUUUAUAUCACAAUUGUAAAUGUUUGCAACAAAAGUAUUCAUUUUGUAGAAUGAGCGUUGUCUACUGGAUUUAUUUAGUUGGUUUUGACAGUUGAAUUUUAUAUUGAAUAACAAGCAUAUGACUGUCACGUUUAUUGUGAGCUGCUCUACAGUGAGAUCUUUUAACCAGUUGUUUGUCGCAUUACAGUGUGUGUGCAUUUAUUGGUCACUAAACUGCUUCACAUUUAAUCAACUGGGGAAGUCUGUGAUUUCAAUGAAGUUAUGGGUUCUGAGUUGGUCAAAGAUCUUCAGACAACAUGACCAUUCCAGCAAAUGAACACAUGGGGGCGCAAAGUACUCAAAUACAAAAGGCACCUGGUGUGUGUGUUGAAGCCAGCAUGUCCUAACAACGUGGUAAAUGUGAAUGGAUUUGUCAUUUUUAAUCAUGGAAUUUUUUAUUUUUUUUACCCAUGAGACAAACAGAAAAGUUAAAGGAUAAUAUGUUGCGUGGGUGGUUUUUUUAAAAAGAUACAUUCAGUAAUAUUUUCGAAACAAGCCUGAAUAGUAAGUGAGUAGCAGUUCUCAGUGUUCCUCCACCAAUAAACUUGUUUUAUUUAAAGGGAA